AUGGAGGAUGGUGAUGACGACAUUGCUGUCGUUGGAAUUGGGUGCAAUUUUCCCGGAGGUGAAGGUCUUGAAAAGUUCUGGAAGGUUCUAUUGGAGGGAAAGAAUUGUACUGUUCAGAUUCCAGAGGAGAGGUUUGAUACCAGACACUGGUGUGAUCCUGAUCACAGCAAGGCAGGAAAAUCAAUCACUGACAAAGCUGCUCUCAUUGAAAGGUUCAAUGAAUUUGACCACAAGUUCUUUGGCAUCCCUGAGGCAGAGGCUGACUACAUGGAUCCCCAGCAGAAGCUCGUGCUCGAGUGCACCUACAGAGCCCUAGAGAAUGCUGGGAUACCAAUGGAGAAGGCCAGUGGGACCAGGACAGGGGUGUUCUUAGGUCUCAUGAACAGGGACUAUGAAUCCCUUCUGAACAACAGUCCCAGUACGAUACGCCACUACAACAGCACUGGAACAGCUAUGAGUAUAGCUGCCAACCGGAUCUCCUACACCUUCAACCUCACUGGGCCAUCAUUCGCCAUCGACAGUGCCUGCUCAUCAUCCCUGGUGGCUCUCCACCUUGCAUGCCAGGCAAUAAAACAAGGGGACUGCGAGAUGGCUCUUUGUGGAGGUGUUAGCUGUAUCAUUGAGCCACGGGUUUUUGUCGCUCUCAGCAAAGCAAAAAUGAUUUCACCUGAAGGGACCAGCAAACCUUUCUCCAGCAGAGCAGAUGGAUACGGGAGAGGAGAAGGCUGUGGGGUAGUCCUCCUGAAACCACUGAAAAAAGCUCUGAAGGACUUUGACCAAGUGUGGGGCGUCAUAAUCGAAACAGCAGUUAACCAAGAUGGCCGCUUCAUGACACCGAUCACCAAGCCGUCCGUGGAUCAGCAGGAAGAACUACUUUGUAGAAUUUAUUCUACGCAGAUUGAUCCAGUACACAUCCAAUACGUUGAGGCUCACGGGACUGGAACUCCUGCAGGGGAUCCCACAGAAGCUCAGGCCAUCUCCGAAGUCAUUGCCAGAGCCAGACCACCAGGAUCAGAAAUACUUUACGUUGGUUCUGUGAAAGGUAACAUCGGCCACACGGAAUCUGCAGCCGGAAUGGCGGGACUCAUCAAGGUAAUUCUGAUGAUGCACCACGAGACUAUAGUUCCUUCUUUGUUCUAUUCUGAGGACAGUGCCAGUAUAGAUACCAAAGCCCUAAAUUUAAAAAUCCCCACCAAAGUAGAGAAAUGGGAAAGUGCUGCUCCAGUUGGGAGGAUGGCAGGAAUCAACAAUUUUGGAUUUGGAGGCACCAAUGCCCAUGCAGUUGUCAGACAGUAUAUGCAGAGACAUGUUUCUGAAUCAAUCCCUCGGGAUUCACCAAAGUUGAUUGUACUAUCUGCAGCUACAGAGAAAUCACUUGCAAUGACAUUUGCAGAUACAUCACAAAAGUUGAGACAAUACCAAACAGUGGAUUUAGAAACUCUGGCAUAUACGUCAGCCUGUAGGAGGAGUCACACAAGGCACAAGUACAGGAAAGUUUUCAUGACAUCAUCCCUCGAUAAUUUACAAGCACAACUUGACUCAUCUCUCAACAGAAAGAUUGUGCCAUUAAAAUCAAUCCCUCAGAUCAUUUUUGUAUUUUGUGGAAACGGGGUUACCUACAGAGGCAUGUGCAAGCAACUGUUAAAAAGGGAACCCAUUUUUCGAGAAAAGGCGAAAGAGAUUGGGAACCUUUUCCAGAAGUACAAACUCACAAAUAUUGCAGAAAAGCUGGAAAAGAAUUAUGACAAUGAUGAUUUUACAAAACCUGAUGUUGUCCAGCCCCUGCUCUUCACUAUCCAAGUUGCUAUUUCCAACCUGUUGAAGCACUGGGGUAUCAGACCAGAUGCGGUUCUUGGACAUUCUGUUGGAGAAGUUGCUGCUGCCCAUUGCUCAGGUCUGCUGUCUCUUGAAGAUGCAGUGAAGGUGAUUUACCUCCGAAGCACCUUACAGAGCCAAGUGACUGGUGGGAAAAUGCUGGUUGUCAGCAACACAGUGGUGUCAGAAACCUUGAAAUACCUCUCAGCCUAUUCUGGGAAGAUUUGCUUGGCUGCCUUCAAUAGCCCCCAGUCCUGCACCUUAUCUGGUGAUGCAGAUGCUAUUGAAAGUCUUCAUGACAAACUCAAAACCUUAUUUGAUAGCAAAAAUGUUUUUCUUCACAUUUUGGAUGUUCCUGCUGCAUACCACAGCCACAUGAUGGACCCUAUCCUGUCAAAUCUUGAGACCAGCAUAGGUACCUUGCAAGGGAAUGAAAUGGAGACACAGUUGUUUUCAACAGUGACAGGAAGGGUUUGUUCCCAAAUGGAUUUUCUCACUGGGACAUACUGGGCAAGGAACAUUCGGGAGCCGGUUGCAUUUGAAGAAGCGGUAAAGUCAGCUGCCAAAGAAAGGAAGAAUAUAGUCUUUGUUGAGAUUGGUCCAAGACGGGCUCUGCAACGGAAUAUCAUAGAGACACUAGGAAAUGACAUCAUAGUAUUGACUUCUGUGCAACCAGAUAAAGAUCAUGACACAAUGUUAACUCUUGUGACAAGACUCUUCGAGAUGGGGGUGGAUGUGAACUGGGAUCAGUUUUACGCUGGGUAUGAGGCACCACCAACAACCUUUCCAGUAUAUCAGUUUGACUGCCCAAAGAAAAAGGUAUUCUUUGAGGCCAUCAGGAGUGGCAAUGACAUACCACAGUCUCAUCACCCUCUGAUAUCAUGGGUUGCUAGAGAAGAAGUUUGCUGUAAUUUUUCAUUGUAUUCUGAAUCAUAUAUUCAAGAGCACAAACACAAUGGUUCUGUUAUUGUUCCUGGUGCUGUUCAUGUUGAACUGGCUUUGGCAUCUUUCAUGGCAAUUGUAAAACAAAAGGUGCCUCUUUGCUUCCUGCAGCUGGGCAUCAGUUUCCAAAACCUCCUUGUUCUUGUUAAGAACUCCCCUGAAGUCAAAGUAAAACUUGAACCAGAAGAGAAUGAGACAAAAUUUAAAAUACAUUCUUCAAUAGCAACGUAUGCGUCAGGAACUAUUCAUUUUAAAAGUAGUCCAACUGUGGUUGCAGAAAAGAACAUCAUGCUGGACUCUGUUUUCAAAAGAUGCAAUUCCAUCUUAACAGAAGAGCAGAUUUACACAGUGCUCUCACGUGCAGGAUUUGAGUAUGGCCCAACACUUCGACUGCUGAGAAAUGUUCAUUAUGGAGAGGAGCUCAUGGAAGCCGUGUCAAUUGUAAAGCCUCUACAAGCAAUGACAUGUCAACUUCAUAACUAUUGCAUUCACCCAGUGCUGUUGGAUUGUUUUCUACAAAUGACAGCGGUCAUCACUGCUGGUAGACACACAUCAAGACCUGCUUUCCCUGCCUCAAUAGGCUGUGUAACAGUGACAAGACCUCUGCAGGAGGAGAUGGUCAUGUAUCUCAGAAUGACUCUGAAGGGAUCUCACUAUUUUGAGGUAUGUGGCUGCUUUACUGACAAAGAAGGUCAGGUUCUAGUUGAGCUACAAAGCGUGAGAAUAAAACUUUUAGCUGAGCCUUCCUAUGUCACUGAGAAGUGUUUCUUUCACAAUGAGUUUCAUAUCAUUUCUAAAGAGAUAAACUCAACCCACAGACCAAAAGCUCUAGUUUUUGAAGAUCCAAUGGGAGUGGCAAAAGCAUUCCAGGAUUGUUUACACCCAAAGUCUACUUUCGUGUCAUACACUAACUCUAGAAAGCAGUUGGUUCUUCCAUUUUCAGGUACACUCUGCAGUUUUGGUCUAGCAGAUGGUAUCUUGGAUUUUGAGGAAGUGCUUUUCAUGUGGGGCAUUCAGGACCUCAGUUCUUUGGAUACCGAGAUGAUCCUAGAGAAGUUGACUGACUGCUGUGAGUUUUACCGUCAAGUGCUUCUAUAUUUAAAGAAGGGUCAGUGUUCUCUCAUGGUUAGAGUCAUUACCUACAAAGUGGGAGGGAAAAGUGUAGAUCACAUCAGUCCAGGUUUUGUGCUCUCUGGAAUGACAAGGUCGUGUGCCGCUGAAAUUACCGACCUUUCUUUCCAACUGAUCAAUGUUGAAUCUUUAUCCUGUGAGGACAUCAGGGCCUUAGCUCAUGUGAUAAGUUCGUACGAAAGCAGAAAAUUCCCGGAAAUUUUUAUAAGCAAUGGCCAGAUUUACUCAACUGCAAUUACUCGUACUAAUUUCAAAACAGCUGGAAAAGACAGCGUUGAAGGAAGGACCACUGAUUUAGGGUCUGAACCCUUCAUAUUGCAGACUGCUGAUCCUUACAGAAUGAAGAACCUCUGUGCCAUUCCUUCUGUUAGCCUUGGUGAACAUGUCAGGGAAAAGACUGUUGAGGUCCAGUUGGACAGAGUAUGUGUUCAUUCUUCAGAGUACUUUCCUGUCAGUGUCUCUGAUCUGAAUUUUCAUCAGACUAUAUACUGGGAAAAACAAACAUUUCAGAACCACACACUUUUAGCCCUUGACUUCAGUGGCACUGUUACAGCUGUAGGGAAGGGUGUGAGAAAGCUGAGAGUAGGUGACCAUGUUGCUUCUUGUUAUCCUGUAACAGCUUCCUCCAAGAUUAUAAUUCCUGAAGGUGCGUGCUACAGAACAAAGAGGUUUCCAUUUCUCAAGGAAGUGCCAUGCAUUUCGUACUUUGUAUUGUCAUGGGAGAUCUUUCACAACAUGCUACCAAAAGGGAACCAGGUGAGAAGGAUAGGCAUUCUCUCAUCUAACCCUGACUCGGUUCUAGUGCAAAUCUUGGUGCAGACAGCCAACAAGUCUGGAUGGAUUGCCACAGCUGGCACAGAGUUUGGUGGGCUAAUACAAAAUGUAAAAACAUGUGAUGCAUUUAUCUUUUUGCCUCAGUUUAAUCCAACUUUAGUUGCUGAAGCAUGCCAUGCUUCCACUGUCAAGUACAUUGUUUUGGUUGGUAAUCGCCAGGAACCUCUGCCAUCCAGUACCUUUAGAAAUGACAAUGAAAAUGUUUACCUUCAGAAUGUUCAGGUGACCAACAUUUUACAAAAAGUCAACCUAAAGAAGCAGCAAGACAAGAUCUAUAAGUGGCUAAAAAGUAUGUUUUUAAACCAAGAGUCUUUAAAUAUGCAAUAUGUCACUUUUCAAAGAACACCUGGAGCCCCUGACGAUUCAGAGCUGGAGUGCUAUGAAUCCUACUUCAGCCUGAAAACCAUAGCAGUGGUUGUGUUGGACAGUGGUACCAAGGACCCAGGAUCUGACAUCCAAAUGCUAAUCAAACCAAAGCCUCUUUUCAAGAAGAAGUCAGUAUAUGUGGUGACUGGUGGACUGUCAGGUCUGGGCCUUGAAACCGUGAAGUUCAUCGCUCAAAGAGGCGGAGGGUGUAUUGCGGUUCUCUCCAGAAGAGCUCUAUCUACAGAGAUGCAGCUUGAAAUGAAUAUUCUGCAGAGUCAGUGUGGUGUUUCGGUCAUAUCUCUACAGUGUGAUGUGUCAGUCUCCGAGCAGGUUUUAGGGGCAUUCUCACUCAUCGCGCAGAGGUUUCCAUUUUGUCCAAUCAGAGGGGUGUUCCACAGUGCCGUGGUCUUACAAGAUGGAUUGAUUGAAACACUGGAUAGACUGGCCUUUGAAAAAGUUCUUAGGCCAAAAGUCAACGGUGUGCUAAAUCUGCAUUAUGCCACCGUGAACUAUGAAUUAGACUACUUCGUGUGCUAUUCAUCCAUCUCCUCUUUCAUUGGGAAUGCCUCUCAGAGUAAUUAUGCAGCAGCCAAUUCAUUCCUGGAUAUGUUUUGUCAAUACCGGAGGAACCUUGGACUCGCUGGACAGUCCAUUAACUGGGGAGCUUUGAACCUUGGGCUCCUACAGGAGAAGGAACAUUUCCAAAGGUUUCUGGAGGCAAAAGGCAUGGCAGUUAUGGAAGUACCAGAAAUUCAUGAAAGCCUGAAACACUGUCUGCUGCUUAACAAUGCCCAGCAGGUCAUUUGCAAAUUUAAUUUCAAAAACCUGAAGCAUCACGUGUUUUCUCAGAAUGCCUCCCUAAGAGCACGUUUACUUACACUGGUAGAAGAGGAGAUAAAAAAUUUGGAAGUGUCAGACACGGGGAUCCAGAAACCAAUGUCUCCCUACUCAUUAGAAGAAUAUGUGAAGUCACUGUUUAGUGAAACUUGCAACAUCGACCUUAAUGAGCUAAGUGGUGAUACUACCCUCUCUGUGCUGGGUGUUGACUCAAUGUUGGCCAUGACCCUGCAGAACAUGAUCUUUCAGGAAAGGGGUGUAAACAUUCCCCUUGUAAAACUGCUAGACCCCAACACCACACUGUCUGCUUUACUAUCCAUCAUGAAUGAACACACACAAGGGAAUUUCUGA